CCAAGGUAGAUAACUCAUGAGUUGCACACCGGAAAGUUAGAUAACUCCUAACUGCACACUGCACUAAAUAUGUGGAUAUCAAUGUUUAUUAUAACUAUGUGUUAGCCUUCAUUAAAAUAUAUAUAUAAUUACAGUCAGACGGAACUAAGAGAUGGAUGACGUAUCUAGUGUUGGAAAACUGCACACUUCAUUCAAUUCAGAGGUAGGAAAAGUCCACCAAAAACAUGGCCUCACUCUACUUACGACAACAGUGUUCGCGGUGGGAGAGAUGGCGGGGUCCGGAGUUCUAGCCCUCCCCGGGGCUCUAGCAGGGACAGGCUACAUCGGCAUCCUGCUGAACGUGCUGUGUGCCCUUGUGUCGGCCUAUACCGGCAUGCUGCUGGGUAAGUGCUGGCUGAUGGUGAUGAACAGGUACGAGGAAUAUCAGGAGGAGACACGGUACCCGUACCCGGCUAUAGGACAGGUGACUUUUGGGAAACCUGGCAGGCUGAUCGUGUCAUGCGCCAUCAACUUCACCAUGUUCGGGGCGGCCGUCGUGUUCCUGCUGUUGGCCUCAGAAAACCUCCAGUCACUGGUCAAGGAUGUCGGCAAGGACAUCUCCUUCUGCUACUGGCUGUUUAUAGUGGCCGGGGUCCUGCUGCCCAUUAGUUGGCUGGGCACGCCCAAAGAUUUCUGGCCUAUAGCCAUUGGUGCCACAGGUGCUACCACCAUCGCCUGUUUUGUCGUGGUCACCAACAUCGUACAAGACAAGGAGUGGAUCCCCCCUGCCUUCUACCCCCCAGUGGAGUUCAAGUCCUUCGCCUUUGCUUUGGGCACCAUUUGUUUCGCUUACGGUGGUCACCCAGCCUUCCCAACAUUCCAAGCAGACAUGAAGAAUCCAGAGAAAUUCGGCUUGGCUAUUUUUAUCUCAUAUAUGAUCGUGCUAGCCAUGUACCUCCCCGUGGCCGUGACCGGCUACAUGGUGUACGGCAUCAACACCAACGACAACAUCCUGCAGUCCGUGUCGCCGGGUCCCAUGCAGUACACGGUAGAGGUGCUCAUCACGCUGCACAUCUUCUGCAGCUUCAUCAUCGUCAUCAACCCCGUCUGUCAGGAGCUGGAGGACCUCUUGAGGAUCCCCAAAAAUUUCGGCCCUAAGAGAGUGCUGUUCAGGACAGUCAUGAUGGGUGUUGUCCUGUUUGUGGCCGAGUCGGUCCCGCACUUCGGGGCUAUCUUGUCUCUGAUUGGUGGAUCCACACUGACGCUUCUUGCCUACAUCUUGCCGCCAAUAUUUUACCUCAAGCUCUGCUCCAUGACGGGGAACUGGGAGAAGGUUGAACCACCACUCCAUCAGAAAGUGGCCUGUAUCGAGAUUGUAAUAAUCGGAACAGUCGUGGGUGUCGCCGCCACAUACUCAGCUAUAGUAUCGCUCACCACGAGUAAAUUCUCGACUCCUUGUUACAUCAAUAUCAAUGCCGCCCAGUAGUAACCGCAUGAACUUUUGUUUACCGAGCCAUUAUGUGAAAGUGUAAAAAAUGUUGCCAUUUGUGAAAGAAUGAUUUAGAAUAAUGUUGUAAAUUGCUGUAAAAUAAUUGCUGUUAUUUAUUAAGUUGAAAUUAUUUGUGAUUAAAAUUUGACAUAUAAAUUGA